AUGCCAAUUCUAGUACCGGAGACUUUUGAUUCCGAAGACAGCAAUGUACAACAAAAACCAAAUUUUGAAAUUUACGGGACCAAAACGCAGAACGUCCUUAAAAAUGAGUUUGAUGAGGCCUUAUUUCCAAUCAGAAUAAUGGUCACCUCGCAGAAAAAGCGCCGUUCAUUUUUACAAAUGGGUGCCACGUUGAGAGAAACUGUCGAGUCUGCUCCAGUUAACAAGUUUGAACACUUAGCCAACGUCGAUUCAUAUAUGAUUGAAAUGUCUGAAGAUUGCUCAAGGGAAGAUUUGGAUUCGCUGAUAAAGGAUAUUAAAGAAUUAGGGUGCGACGUUGAAUUUGACACACUAGCACAGUCAGCAGUACAAUCGGUUCGUCAAACAAUUCCAGAUAGACCAAACACUAAAAAUAAACAGAAUGGUAUCAAGUAUAACAAAAAACAGUGGUAUAUUCCCGAGAUGAACGUAGAAAAUGCCUGGAAAGAAGUGACCGGUGCUGACACCAGGGACGUAAAGGUGUGUGUGAUAGACUCAGGUCUAGACUACAUCAAAGAGUUUACAGGCAGGCUCGCAGUGGAGGAGAAUGAACAAAACAACACAGAUAGCAAAGAAUCAACUUCUGUUCUGAAUAAAAGCACCGAUUCAAAGAAGGAAGAAAACUUGAGCACUUUGGUGUCUGCCAACUUUGUUGAUGAAAACUUUGAUCCCAUGGAUAAACUUGGCCACGGAACGCACCUGUCCAGCAUCAUUUCUUCGAGGUACGGGAGAUCCAACGUUGCAGGCAUAAGCCCAUCUGCACUAAUAAUUCCUUGCAAGGCGUUUGAUAGCGUCCGCGAAAUUAGACUGUCAAACAUUGUGAGGUGCAUCGACUUUUGCCUCUAUUAUGAAGCUGAGAUUCAGAACCACAGCUGGAUCUCCAACAAACAGCUAAAGUUCCUCAGAAGGGCAUUCGAGACUGCCCACAAAAGGGGCGUGAUAAUGGUGGUUCCAGCUGGAAACGUCGAGUCGCCUAACAAACCAUCGUUCCUCAGGAGACAUUACCGUCGAGUCCUGCACUACGACUUGCUGAACAUCGACAUGUCCUGCCAGUUCCCCGCCUCCUAUUCCCGAAUGUUCCCGAAUGUGAUCUCGGUUUCAAACCUCAUGAGGUUGGACAAAACCAAGUCCAAGGACAUGGUUGUCACGUGCAUGAUGAAUCACGGCAAGCACUGUGAAGACCUGGGCGACUUGGGCCUGAACGAGCAGUCCAUGUACGGAGAGAUGACUGUUCAGGUCGCAGCUCCAGGAACAAACAUUUACUCCGUCUUUUUGCCCGGUUCACACGCCUUUGUCACAGGAACUUCAAGCGCGACCGCGAUGGUCACUGGCAUAUUGAGCAUAAUCAAGUCUAUUUUCCCCAAGUCUCAGAGCCACUUAGACAUCCACAACGAUUUCAUUAAAACUGUUCAAAUUUUGCGCGAGUCGGUUCGUCCAGUUCCUGACCUUAAGGGCAAGGUAGGUUGGAGGGGCUUUCCCGACUGCGAAGUGGCUGUGAAACUCACCAUGAAAUUCUUACAAGGCUUAAAGAAAACGCCAAUCAAGCCCAGGUCUCGGCGUCGACUUUCAAGGAAGCUUCUGUAA